AUGUCAGCUCAAGGAGGAGGCGGCAAGUCGAGAUGGGGCUCACUUCUUUCGCAGGCCGUCGCCGGCGUCGAGGCUCGACUCGACACCAUUCUCGCUGAAGAAGACCAGCCCAAGCCCACAUCGAGCCCUACCCCCUCCCAGCAGUCGAAGCCAAGCCCAGCACCGUCGAGAUCCGAUUCUACGAGGAGCAAGGCCAACGACAGGCUACAGGAAAGACUGGCAAGGGCUGUCGCGGCCAAACAGGCCGCAGCCAAGGGAGAAGGGUCGUCAGCGAAGGCCACGCCGACAGCCAGCCCCCGGCAGAGCUUGGAUGUGCCGAAUCGGAGCUCCACGGACAGCGCCGCACCCGGGCUGUCGACCCAACCGAGUCCCAAGGCCCCUUCGUCGCCCCGAGCCUCGCAAGACGACGAGAGGAAUUCAGUCGAGGUAGUGGAUGAAAGUGUAACAGAUACUUCAAGCGCGCCGCCUGUAUCACAAGGCGUGCCCAUCUCGGAACCCAGCAAUGGAAUCACUGCUGAAACGACGGAAAGCUCAGCGGGGCCCCAAUCACCAGCCGGCGCGGUCACGGAACUGCAGGAGGACCGUAUCAAGCAAUUGGAAAAGGCUCUGGAGGAACUUGCGGCACAGCAACAGGAGGAGACCCAUAACUAUGUCGAGCAAAUCGAUGCGCUCCAAGCGAAGCUGCAAUACCUGGCCCGAGAGGCUUCUGAUUCAGCAAGGAAAGCAGCCCAAGAGGCGCCCGCCGGAAGCAUGGAGAAGAAAUUGGCAGAAAAGGACCAACAAAUAGCUGGGCUCAUGGAGGAGGGCAAGAAUCUGGCUAGCACGGAACAGAAGCUUCGCACCAUCAUCAAAAGCUUGCGAUCGAAGAUAGGGGAAAAUGAGAAGGAGAUCAACAACGUCAAGACCUCGAAGAGCAAAGUCGAGCAGGAACUGGAAGCCACGCGUAGGAAGUCCCGGCGCACCGACGACCUAGAGAAGUACCAAGAGGAGCUGCACAAACGGAUUGGACAAUCUCAAAAAGAGAUCGACGCCCUCAAAUCCGAAGGUUCCAACAAGGAUAGGACUAUUGCUGAUUUGAAAGCACAAUUGCAAAAGUCUGCCGAGGAUAAAGAGGCCCUCUCCAAAAAGGUCAACGAAGAGGCACUGGCCAAGGAGAGAAAGAAGGUUCGAGACUUGGAAGAGCAGGUUUCCGAUCUAAAGGUGGAGAAGGACCUUGCGGUUGAUCGUGGCAAAGCGCGAGAAAACGAGCUGCAGGAGAAGUCAGAAAGAGCUGCGGAGCGCGCCCGCGCAGUUGAAGUCGAGUUAAAGGCCGAGAUACAGGUAAUGGAAAGUAAGAUGGAAUCUAUGAGAGUGAUGGCCGAAGAGGUUUCCUCGGGGGCCAUGGGCGACUCUCAAGCUAAAUUGUUACGACAAGUCGAGACGCUUCAAACCCAGUAUGCCAUUGCGACUGAGAACUGGCAAGGCAUCGAGAGCACACUGCUUGCUCGAAUAUCGAAUCUGGAGAAGGAGAGGGACGAGGCUCAGCAUCGAGAGUCGGAAAUGAGGAAGAAGGCUCGUGAAGCUGCUCUCCGUGCCAAACGUCACGAGGAAGAGCUUGAGGACACCAAGACACAGCUUCCUACUAUUCAGGAGACUGUGAAGCUCUACGAGUCCCAGAUAGAGACCUUGAAGACGCGGGCUGAAGAAGCCGAUGCUGCUGCGGCCGGCGCAAAAGCGGAGCUCGAACAGCAGAAGUCUGCUUGGGCAGAGGCAAAGGCCGCGAAAGAGCAGGAUAGACCCGGCCAGUGGAUAGAUGAUGCGCCAGCACCAUCCUUCAGAGGCGGCAGUAGGCCGGAAUCUCCCGCCAUUUCCAUGCCGGCGAGAAGCUACAGCACGGAGCUCCUUGGGUUUGGAUCACUGUCAAACAAAUUCCGCAAGCACUCGGCGCCAUCCAGCAACGGGGAUCCCGUGGAACGCUAUACCUCACGGAGGACUUCGGUACAGCCCUCAAGCAGGCCAUCUCUUCACACAGCGAACUCCAAUACCCUCCCUCCAAUACUCAGCCCCACGAUAGAAGCGUUACCGGCCGCACCGUCAAUACACCCACUCGAAAGGCAAGACACGUUUGACAGCGCCGAACUGUCAUCCUCGCCAAAGCAGAUCGUCCAGGACAUGGUGUCCGUGUCAACAGUGGCAGCAGGGCCGUCGGUGCAGUUGGUCGAGAAGCUCAGCGCCGCGAUCCGCCGCCUUGAGACAGAAAAGGUCGCCGCGAAGGAGGAGCUGACGCGGAUAUCGAGCCAGAGGGACGAGGCCCGGGCGGAGAUAGUAGCGCUCAUGCGGGAGACGGAGAAUGGAAAGAAGGCAGCCGAGGAGGUCGCGCGGCUGCGGGCCGAGGUGGCCGAGGUCAACGAGCGCUACGAGACGACGCUGGAGCUGCUGGGCGAGAAGAGCGAGAUGGUGGAGGAACUGAAGGCCGACGUGCAGGACGUCAAGGCCAUGUACAGGGACUUAGUCGAGAGGACGAUUAAAUGA